UGAAGUGAGACUACAGCCUCACCACUCCUCUAAUUUCAGGAACCAAAAAACCUUAGUCUCUGUCUCUUUCCUUUGGUAUAUACACACUGCACAUGCCAAAAUAAAAAUGGUGUCCAUAGUAUUGGAAUGGUUAUUUCCUUUUCCAUGUGUAGCCAUGUUCACCACCCUUCUGAUGUUAAUAGGAGGAUUAUUGGGUUAUCUUUAUGGGCCCUAUUGGGGGCUUAGGAAAGUUCCAGGCCCACCAACGCUGCCGCUGGUAGGACACCUUCCCUUACUGGCUAAAUACGGCCCUGAUGUCUUCUCACUCCUUGCCAAGCAAUAUGGCCCAAUUUACAGAUUUCAUAUGGGAAGACAACCACUAAUCUUGGUAGCAGAUCCAGAGCUUUGUAAAGAAGUGGGAAUAAAAAAAUUCAAAGACAUUCCAAACAGAAGCAUUCCCUCUCCUAUUUCAGCUUCCCCCCUUCACCAAAAAGGUCUCUUCUUUACCAGGGACUCACGUUGGUCAACCAUGCGAAACACGAUCUUGUCAGUGUACCAGCCAUCACACUUGGCUAGCUUAGUGCCAACGAUGCAAUCAUUCAUAGAAUCCGCAACACAAAAUCUUGACACCCCAAAUGAGGACAUAAUCUUUUCCAAUCUUUCCUUAAGGCUAGCAACCGAUGUGAUUGGAGAGGCAGCAUUUGGUGUCAAUUUUGGCCUCUCUAAGCCACAUUCAGUUUGUGAAUCAAUCAAGAGUGUUAGUGUUAACAAUGUGAGAAAUGAUGAUGAUGAGGUAUCUGAUUUCAUCAAUCAACACAUUUACUCCACAACACAACUUAAGAUGGACUUGUCUGGUUCAUUCUCCAUCAUACUUGGUCUACUUGCACCAAUACUUCAGGAGCCAUUUAGGCAGAUUCUGAAGAGAAUACCAGGCACAAUGGACAGCAAAAUAGAGAGUACUAAUGAGAAGCUGAGUGGUCCUCUUGAUGAGAUUGUCAAGAGGAGAAUGGAAGACAAGAAUAGAACUUCAAAGAAUUUCUUGUCACUCAUUUUGAAUGCAAGAGAAUCAAAGAAAGUAUCUGAAAAUGUCUUUUCACCUGAUUACAUUAGCGCUGUUACUUAUGAGCACUUACUUGCUGGGUCAGCUACCACAGCCUUUACCUUGUCAUCCAUUGUCUACUUGGUUGCUGGACACCGAGAGGUUGAGAAAAAGUUGCUUCAAGAGAUUGAUGGAUUUGGUCCACCUGAUAGGAUUCCCACAGCUCAAGAUCUUCAUGACAGUUUUCCUUAUCUUGAUCAGGUGAUUAAAGAGGCCAUGAGGUUUUACACAGUCUCCCCAUUGGUUGCAAGAGAAACAUCACAUGAGGUGGAGAUAGGAGGUUACCUUCUUCCAAAGGGGACAUGGGUAUGGUUAGCUCUAGGAGUUCUAGCAAAAGAUCCAAGGAAUUUUCCAGAGCCUGAGAAGUUCAAACCAGAGAGGUUUGACCCCAAAUGUGAAGAAAUGAAACGAAGACAUCCUUAUGCAUUCAUACCAUUUGGAAUUGGUCCCCGGGCAUGUAUUGGUCAGAAAUUUUCCCUACAAGAGAUCAAGCUUACUCUGAUUCAUUUGUACCAGAAAUAUGUUUUUCGUCAUUCAGUUGACAUGGAAAAACCUGUAGAAAUGGAAUAUGGUAUGGUUCUCAACUUCAAGCAUGGUAUCAAGCUUAGAGUCAUAAGAAGAACGUAAUUAUAGAGUGACCAUGUAUACCAACUAAGAUUGUACUUUGUGAUGCAAUGGAUGAAUUAAAAUCUCUCUUUAAUAUGUUGUGAUUGUCAACAAGGCAAAAUAUGCUAAUUCAAACAGGAUAUUAAACUUUUAUGCAAAUUUUAUGAAAGAAAGAGUAUCUUGA